AUGAGCGAAAAAGAAAGAAUUGCAUUACGAGCAGUCGCGUAUAUCUCGCCCCAGAACUAUCCAAUGCUCGUGAAAUCCUUUGGCACAAAGCAGGAAGACGAGCUCAAAUACCAUUAUAUUGCACAUACAGCCCUAGAUGUCAUCGAAGAACGCAUCAAUUCCAACCCAAAGGCCGUCGAAUGCUUCCUUGGUAUGCUCUAUGUGCUUGAGGAUGUCGCUGUUUAUGGGUACAUCACGCCGACCAGGGUGAAAAUAGUAGCCGCCAUCGAUCAGACAGAUGAAUUUAUCAAAGAUGCCGACAUCAUACUGCUGUUCAAGGCCCUUCACGGCGCAUACCAUGACGCUCUUCAAGAUCCCUUCUUGCAAGGACCAUCGAGUCAAGGUUUACGCACUGAAGAUCUCGCCCAAAUGAUGGGACGAGACGACAAAUGGAAGGGGUUACGACGUUUGCUCGACAAAGUGGCACUUGCAGCGUCGCGACAUAUACCAACACCUAGUGGUUGA